AUGAGCACAGACGAAAUAACAACCGUGGUGGCAAAACCAAAGCCAGCCAAAAAACUCAAGCCUGCGCGCAAGCAAGUGAAAGCGGGAGAUGUGGAAAGAAAGGAGACGCCUCAGACCGGGAAGGAAUAUAAUAUCUGGUACAACAAGUGGGCUGGAGGUGACCGAGAAGAUAAUUACUCCAACAAAGUAAAAUCGCAAACUCGGUGCAACAUCAAGAAGGACUCAGGCCUGACUCGAGCGAACACGACUGGUAUUCGCUAUUGUUGUCUGUUCUUUGCUCGUGGAUGCUGCCCAUAUGGAUGGGAGUGCGACUACCUUCACACUCUUCCCGACCCCGAUAACGCAUUACCUGAUUCGAGUAAAGAUUGUUUCGCUCGAGACAAAUUCUCAGAUUACAGAGAUGAUAUGGGUGGUGUUGGUAGUUUCAACCGACAAAAUAGAACGCUAUACGUUGGUCGAAUCAAGGAGACCGGCCCAGGUCCAGAGACAGAAGAAAUUGUCAUCAGGCACUUCAAAGAGUGGGGCGAAAUUGAACGCAUCCGCGUGCUACAGUAUCGUAGUGUCGCAUUCGUAACUUAUGUCUCGGAGUUCGGCGCACAGUUUGCAAAAGAGGCCAUGGCGUGCCAGUCCCUUGACAAUGAUGAAAUCUUGAACGUUCGAUGGGCCACCGAGGAUCCCAAUCCGGUGCAGAAGGUGGCGGAAAAGCGGCGACUGGAGGAGAUCGGGCAGGAAGCUAUCAAAGCGCGGAUGGACCCUCGUAUUGUUGAUGCCAUGCGGGCUGUCCGUGCGUUAGAGGAUGGAGAUAUGCUGGAUGACGAAGGAGAAGUGGUAGAAGACCCAGAAUCUGGCGACCCAGAGGCAAAACGGCGGCGAAUUGAGCUGCCACCGCCACAAGAAGCGAUAUCAGAGCCUCCACUCCAGCCCCUUGGUCUGCUGUCAGCCGAUACAAUGGAAGGUCUCAAAUACUUUGCCGAAAUAAGAAAGCGGAACGGCGUCUCAUUAUCUGUCGUAAAUCCAAAGGCAAUACCUCCGAAACCAUUAACUUCAGGGCUGGGAGUGGCGGACUACGGGAGUGACGAGGAUUGA